CUGAAGGUUCCUGAAUCUCCUCUUUGCUGCUGUAUGCUGGUUCCGAUCCAUAAGGGAAAUGGAAAGCUGGCCAGCUGGGCGAGGGCUGCGUGGAGCUCCUCUAGAACAGUAAACAGUGACUCACCCCCUCCUUGUGUCUUCUCUCUCUUCAUGUCAAAUAUAUUGCCUCGCAUAUGCUUCUCUACUCUCUGAUUCACACCACCAGCCCAUCCCUCCCCGCUCUCAUUACAAAUGAGUGACAAGUGUCAGUCUGCCUUACAGGAUGUGUGAAGCUUGUCAGAGCAGGAGAACGGCUUUUUGAAUGAUGGGGAGAGGGAUGGUGCUCUGCCUACCAUGCUGCAAUGUGCUGGAAAUCCGUGUCGUGCCUCCGAGCGGCAGAGGCACGGCGAUGAGGAUUUAAGCAUCUGUAGUUGCCUUCACCUGUCAGCUCAGAUGUUACCCGUGGUAGGCACAUCCGUUUGGCUGGCGCUCUGGAGCUGGGAACAACUUGCGGAUAAACGAGAAAUUUAAACAGCUGCCUAGGAAUUAAAUGGCUGCGUUCGGGAAUGAGUAGAGUAUUCCCUGCGUAGCUGUCGGUGCCGAAUUGAGACGUGAUGGCACAGAUCCCUGUUGCCACUUGAACCUUGCACUGUUUUUCUGCCCUCGGGAAGUCGUCGCUGGCCUGGCGGAAGUUGCAAUUUCUGAGCAGUUUUGUCCGGAAGACUGUGCUCAGGUUAUGACGACUAAUCCCAAACCGAACAAGGCAUUAAAGGUAAAGGAGGAGUCAGGAGAGAAUGCCCCAGUGCUGAGUGACGAUGAACUCGUGUCAAUGUCCGUACGGGAGCUGAACCAGCACCUGAGGGGUCUCACCAAGGAGGAGGUCAUCCGUCUGAAGCAGCGGAGGCGCACGCUGAAGAACCGGGGCUACGCUGCCAGCUGCCGCAUCAAGCGUGUGACUCAGAAAGAGGAGCUCGAGAGGCAGCGGGUUGAGCUGCAGCAAGAGGUGGAGAAGCUGGCCAGAGAAAACAGCAGCAUGAAGCUAGAGCUGGAUGCCUUGCGCUCCAAGUACGAAGCACUCCAGACCUUCGCUCGUACUGUGGCGCGAGGGCCUAUUACCCCGACCAAAGUUGCCACCACCAGUGUCAUCACCAUCGUGAAAUCAGCCGAAAUCUCAUCCAGUUCUGUGCCGUUUUCAGCAGCCUCCUAGUGCCCUCGGUGGGGGGAACUAGCAGCCUUUCAGAGGGGAGGGGAUAAGGCUCUUAUGCAUUGUUCCGGAGUCCUUGGUCACGUCAAGAAUUGGCAUUUUAAGAAGUCUCUUCCAAAAGUGCAAAAAACAGAAGAAAAUAAAAAAAGAAAAGAGAAAAACAAACAAACCCAAAGGGUUCCUACAAAAGGAACUUAACUGGCUGCUUCUGUCUGGACUCAGUGGCUCCAUCAACCUCUCAUGUCCAGGAUUUGAGCUCUGUACGCAGUACAAAUUGCAAGAUCUGCUUCCUCCUUCCCUCUGCCUCCACAAACCCCUCUCAGCUGUGGGCAGCUUUCCAGCUGGGAGAAGAUACCUGAGGAGCCUCCAGAGUCUUCGUGAAUGAUGCUCAAGAGCCAGGAAACAUACGGACCGUAGAAAUCAUCAUGUGAGAUGAAUGUAUGGGAAAAAGAGUUUCUUUUAGUGGCCUCCUACUCCUUGUAAGAAGGGUCUCCCCUACCUCCCCCACUUCCAUCUGAUAUUGUGAGGGCAGGAACAUAGGCUUUUUGGGUUUGAUUUAAUCCUUCUAAGAGUGGAUGGGAGUGGGAGGAUGAUGGAGAUAAAUGCUUGGGUCUGACCACACCCAUUAAGAAUAACC